AUCGGUCUUUUUACCUGUGGGCUUCCCGGGUAGAGGUUCAUAAAACACAAGGGCAUUUUAUAUAAUCUCUUGUCAGGCUCAUUUCAGCAAACAGUUUGAAAGCCAAGAUAAACCAUGAGAAUUUGAGAUUAUAAACUGGAAACAUAGGCACGAGAGGAAUUUACACCGUUCUAAAAUUGGGUAUUACGCCGGAAGGGAAAUUAAAUUGGAAGUAUUUGACCGCGUGCACAACCUUGUACUCCAAGUAACGUUACGUUGAUAACACGUUUAUGUAACAGCAAUGGACUACAAACGAGAAACAUAAAAGGCUGCUAGGAGCAGCUUUUUGUCAUGGGCUGUGGUGCUUCAAAAGUUACACCACAAAGCGAUGAAGAUACCAAGCCUCUGAACACGAGCGCGAAAACGAUCGACCACGACGUUAGACCAAAUGGUCAUGCAAAUGGCAACAUACACCACCGUCCGAAAUCGAGCAACGACAAAGAGGUAAAAGUUUCAAAAACAGUGGAAGAAAGUAAACCUGUACAUAACGGAGGAAUUCACCUGAAUUCGCCGGAAAACAAAGAUGUUUUCAAUAAACAAUCUUUUGACAAACAAGCAGAUAAUACAGUUACUGCUGAAAAUGGUGAGUCAUAUUUAACUGGAUUAAAGUUCAAAAACUUGGAACCUAUUUAUAAAAUGCACUCCUUUGUAAUAAAAUUAUUGCCACUUUUGCAUCGGUUUGAUUACCACGCUUUCCUUAUAACUUUAAUAAGUAAGUGUUCAAAUAAUCGAUAUAUUUCACUCGACCCCUGGCGUGUAAUAAUAUCUUCGUUGCUUUAAAUGAUGUCUCUCAGUACAUUUUCUCCAAGCAAUUUUGAUCAUAUUACAUUUUAAACUUUGUUUACAUGGAGAUUUGUCUAAAUCAACGUUUACGCUUUUUUCAUUAGACUGGGUUGAUUUUACAGCUUAGUGCAAACAUUUUUAUGUGUUUAUUUUGAACACAUUCCUCACGAUAUGGUUAUUUGCUUAGAAAUGAAUACAUUAUUUGAAUAGCAACUAAUUGUUAUGUUGAUGCGGGACUUAGAUGUGCUUCAUUUGCAUUCUAAAAAUCUCCAAAAGUCCUCUAAUCUUGGCAGCUUGGACAAAUACAAAUUUAUGCCCAAUUGAGUGUUUAAAAAAGAGUUUAUGCAGAACUUGGCCGUGACAAAAAUUAAUAUAAUUAUUUAUCACCUCAAAAUUUAGUUAUUGAAUAAGACAUUUCUUUCUUCAAAAGUUUUGUAUAGAUAUUUAUUUCUCCUGUACAGGCAACUCCCUUUAUAGCAGACACCGUAAGGGCCUUGAGUUAGUGUCCUCAUUAGUAAGAGUCUGUAAUAGAGAGGAGAAGUCGUUACGUCACGUUGCUAUGGUAGCAAAAUUUUUGGAUGACAAUCACUUAAAAGUCUAUUCGCACUAUUUCAAACUCUACUGAUCUUAUUCAAUUUCAUUUAAUGUGACAAAUCUUGGCGAAAGUUUCUUUGGGACCUUAUCUAUUGUUAUCUAAGUUUUAGAAAAAGAAAGCGAUAAUUUUUGUGUUGUGUUCACCUUCUCUAUAAAGCGGGCUUGUGAAAUUAGGAAGUUUCAUGUCAUAGUGGUGCAAUGGCGGCAAAGAAAUGUACAAAAUUGAAUGAUGCACGUGCAAAGUUGUUUUUUGUUGAUAUAAAUAUUGUAUUUUUCGCCUUUCUCCUUGCCAUCACCGUCAUCAUUGAUUUUGUUAUCAUCCAGAAAUAGUGCUACCAUGGUAACAUGAUGUCACACUUCUCCUCUCUAUAGCAGGAGUUUAUCUCAAUCAAACAUCUGUAAUUUAAUUUGCCUGGGAUUUAGCUGCUGCCCAUAUUAUUGGGGUGUCUGUUAUAGCGGGGUGCCUGCAAGGCAAGCGUUGACUGUAUAGUAGUGGGAGACUAGACCUAUUCUAGCUGUAAGAUGGUUCUAAAGUUGCAAGGAAGGGGUAAUGGGUGGGGACAGGGGGAUAUCUCCCAAAAUAACUAUGAGUCUGUGCCAUCUGCAUUUUGAGAUGUUUUCUGGAAUGGGGCCAAUCCUUAUCAUAGUUGAUCAGCAAUGAAAUAAAAUAUUAUUUAAGGGUACUAAAAAAGGAAGGGUUUCCUUAAAAAGGGGCACUUGUAAGGACCUAGGGACUGGGAACCAUUCAUUUUUAAUGGGGAAGGGGGGCUGGUGGGAUUUGACAGGUAGCUCCUGUAGUAUAUGAUGACCCUCCUCUUCACAGGAAUUUUUUUUUUGGGGGCUCCCCCUUGAGUCCCAAAUUAAUUGAGAUGAUCCCCCCCUAAAAAAAAAAAAAAGAGAGAGAGAGAGAAAGAGGAAAAAGAACAAGAUGGAAAAAAACUGACUGAAUUUGUUGCUUUUUUCUAAUGAACCGUUCAAUUUUGUAUGCUUUUAUGCCUUUUUGCAUUUUAGUGGGGUAGAGUUGCUUCUAAGUACUUCCUCAGGAAAAUCUGAUCUUUCUGAAUGUCAGGAAUGCUGGUUUUUGGCAUUCUCCUAGGCUAUUUGCAUUAUAACAGAUACCAUCACUGCAAAAUUUGAAGGAAUGUUUUAGUGACCUCCCUUUAAACUAGCCUGAGUAUCAGGCGUAAUCCCUUAGGAAGGUCUGAUACUCAGGCUACCUUUGAACCUAAUAUUUUUUCUUAUGACCCCCCUUUAGAGCCAUAUUUUUACAGUCCCUAGUAAACAUUCACAAGAGUCCAUUUUCUAGGAAACCUUCAAAUGGGCUCUUUCUCAGAUAAUGGGGUCCUAAUUUGGAUACCGAGGUGGCACAUACCUGGCCUAGAACUCUCCCCCCUCCCCCAUCCCCCACACUGCUAUACCUAAGCAUAUGCAGUGGAAAUAAUAAUUAGAACAAAAUCUACAAGUCGGUUUUUCUUAAUUACUUUGUGGAUGUUCCUUUUCUUUUUGAAUUUUGCCUCACAUCCACAAUGCUAUGGUGUAAUGCAAAAUUGAAAUUUUUUGUGGUAGGCGGGGCAGGUAAGGGCGGGGAGGGGGGGUGGGAUGGGAGUGGAUACAAUAUUUGUGUAGAGGUGGGGGGAGAAUUAAGCAUCUCCAUUAAAUGGAAUGGGCAUUCCCAAACAAAGAAUCCUGUUCCCGUUAUAUUUUAGAUUCCAACAAUUCACUAGAUGUUCUCCAUAAGGGAUUGUAAUAUUUUCUUUUACAGGAUGUGUAAGCCAUGUUUCCCCACUGCCGCCAAUAUCCAAACCUGUAGCAUUUGAUAUUGUACUAGGAAGAAGUGACUCAGAUAAUAAGCUGGUGCCACUGACUAACAGACCACCCCGCAGACUACAGGUAAAUACCUAUGUACCAUGUGUUACAGUUACACCUAAAAAUCUCAAACUGUCAUUUCACAAUUAUUAGUCUAGGCUCCCAAGGUUCUUUUGGCUCCUCUUGCAGUCCUUCCUUAUGUCUGCAUAGGAGACUCACUUGGAUCUAAAGGGAGAUCUAGACAGGUCUAAAGAAAAUCCCUUGAAGCCCAUGGCCAGGAAGUUUUUGAUAUCCCAAAGAUGGCCCACAUAUAAAGUGGGCAGAUGUUUUUUGUAAUUUAUGAAAUUAAUAUAGGUGAGCUCUGUUAAAAAUCAGAGGAAACAAAAAUAAUAAAAUUAAUAUUAUCAGUUUUAUGAUAUUAUUGUAUAUAUAUAAGUUACUUAUUUUUACAUGCCUCACUGUGAGAAUGUAAAUUCUCUUUUUUGUGACAAAUUAUUUACACCAAGUAUAAACUUACAUAUUCUCUCAGGUAUAAUAAUUAUUAUUCAAUUACUUUUGGCUAUAUUAAUUUUAUAGAAAAUUGAGAGCGCACCAGUAUUGACAAGAGAAGCUCUGCAACAGAAACAAGCUGCAGCUGAACAAAACAGACAAAAGGUAAGAUUGUUUAAUUAUUCACUGCCCUUUGUUUAUUGCACUCUGACCUGAGUCCAGACUAGUCAGAGUGGUCUGCUGGUGUGAGGUAAGGUAAGUGCCCAUGUAUCUCGGCUGUGUGGUUCUGUGAAUAAAGUACAACGUAAACUUGUUUUGCAGCUGUUUUAAUAUUUAAUGGUCUUUAUUAUAUAGACAUGAGUGCUUUUACUGGUUCUGUGAUAUCUGGGACCGAGUGGUUUAUUUUCCAUGACGAGUUUAUCGAACUUGUUUUGCAAGAACUGUUUUAAUAUUUAAUGGUUUGUAAAAUGCAUAUCGCGCCACUGUGUAAUAUCCUCUAUGUAAUGCAUUACAUUGUGUCUGUUUCAUAAAGCCGGUUAAUAUACUAUUAUCAAACAAUAGUCUGCAAAGUGUCCCAGGGUGUAAGCAGCACUUCAAUUUAUUUGCAUUUAAUGCUUUGUGGAAAUUUUAAGGCUUGGAAAUUCAGCAUGGGAUUUUUUUGGGAGUCAAUUUUUGGUCCGGGGUUUUUUUUUAGUUCUAUUGGAAGCCCCUGGGAUUUUUUUAGUCUUGAUUUUUGCCCCCAUAUGAUCAUCCCCAUCACUUGAAAUACAGAGUACCCCUGGGACAGUGAUGCUAUUACUGACCUUUUGAUGCCAUAAUUAGUAACCACAGCAAUCAGUUACCAUGGCAAUAGAAAUGAAGAGUCACUGUGACAUGUUUCUCCUAAAGGAUAAUUUCAUUUUAUUUGAUUCUAGGAACUUGAGAAGAAAGUUAAACUGAUGUCUAAAAGACGAUCAGAACUUCUCCUAGCAAGGGAAAUGGACAAAGCCCAAAGACAAAAAGCAGAGGUAAGGUGUUUUUGAUUUUUUCUUAACAAUUUUUCAAUACAUUAAAUCAUUAUUGUUGUUGGUUACAGUACAUUAAAAACCCUUCAAAAUUUAUGAUUGUGACUAAUUUUUUGUUUAUCUCUAAUCAAUACAUAGCUGGAGGAAAAGCUUGCUGCAUCUGAUAAAAAGAGAGAAAAAACCCAGGCUGAAAUAAUAGCAAAACAAAAGAAAAGGGAAGAGAAAGCCAUGAAAGUGCGCUUAAGAGCCAAACAAAUGAAGGAUGGUGACGAUGUUGUUGGCUUGGAUGUGGAUCCUGAUGAGACAUAUAAUGCUGAUGAGGAAGGUAUUAUGAAUUAGAAGCAUUUAUGAUGGUUAAGAAUUCUCACCGGGAGCCCCCACUCUUAAAUGCCCCAGGUUGAGAUAAGUUCUGGGAAGAUGCGAGCCCAGAGGCGGAAAGGAGUGGGAGUAUACUAACAUGAAAGAGUGAGCCAUUGCACACAGUGGGGAAGAGCAUGUCUGGUAGAUAUAACCCUUAUAAACUCACAGACCCAUUAUGUUAUGUUUGUUUUGUAUUUCAAGGUUCAGUACAGUAGUAAUGGUGGUAAUAAUGAUUGACAGAAGUAAAAAAGGCAUCUGACUUCAGACAUUAUUGAAAAGCACAGUAAAUGUUCUUUCCUGUCAUCCACUCAAAAAGAAUGACAUAAAUAUUUGAAUAUGUAAAAGCCUCAAUCAUGGCUAACAGAAAAAUAAAUAUCACCAAUCACAAUUUACAGCCACACCAGGUCAAGAGUACCCCCAUAUAUUUCAUUGAUCAAUUGAUUAUUUAAAAAAUGAAUCUAUUAGUCAUGGCUGCAACUAGUAUCAAAUUCAAAUCUGCACUCCUGCAUAGGUAGUGAAUUUUGGCUACAACUUCUCAGUAUUUGGUCAGAUUGAAAAUUCUUUGAAUGGAUAAAAUUGCUUUGAAGACAUUUACAUCAAAUUUAAGUAACUUGAGUUGGCAGAAAUUUUGUGUGAACUCAUUGCUCAUUACACAAGCAGGAAUGCAGAGAUGAAUCUGAAAUUUACAACUACUAAUGGAGUCAACUCUUCAAUAAUAAAGUCUUACAUGGGAUCUAUGGAGUGAUGCUUGUCCUGACUUGACUAUAAGUUUAUUAAACCCAUAAGUGACUUAUUCUUCACAGAUGAAUCAUGGGAUAUCUCCAUACCACUGAGCCAUGAAAGUAGAAGCGGUGAGCUGGAUGAUCAUAACAAUAAUCAAACACUUAAUGACACAGAAUUUGCUGAGCCUCAGAUAAAGAAGAGUGGGCAGAGAGCGGACAACCAAGACCAGAACCUUAAUGACGUGCAUGACUUCUUUGAUUCAUGACAGUAAAUAAAAUGUGUAAAAAUUAAAAUUAGUAGCGUUAAUUGAUUGAUAGUAAUUGAACUAUCAAUCUUACUGCAAUCUAAGAUGUGGAAAGUCUGCUUUUUUGAAUGAUUAAUUUAGCAAACCACUGGACAAGGUAUUAACUGGUAGUAAUUGACAUAUAGUUGUAACUGAGUCAUUGAGAAUAUCAUAAUGUCCACAAUAUUACAUUUAUACAUUGACCACCAGUUCCCUAACUUGCUUGCUAAUAAGCAGACUGACCACAUCAAUAUUUUUUAUCAAAAUUAAUAUUUUUAUUUAUACAUUUUAAUACAGUUCAAAUAUUUUAACGAGAUAAAAGGGUCGGUUAAUAUAUUCAGUCAAUAUUCAUUCUCACUAUACUCGCCAAUCUUUGAUUUCUGCUUCAAGUCUCGUUUUCUUGCUUUUAAUUUACCAGAUGUUAAAAAAAUGUUAAUAUUUAUUUUUGGUUUCUCUCAGAAAGUAGAUUUGUGACAUAACAUUAAUUGACUUCAAACACUAUUAUGUGUAAUUUCCAGUACAUAAACACUGUCAAGUGUACAUUAGUUUGAUGAAAAAUGUUAAAUUGUAUGCAAGUGUGAGAAUACUAAACCACUCUGAAUACAGUUUUAUUCAAUACAGUGUGCUUUGUACUUUCUCUAUACCUCUAAUGGGUUUUUUUAGUUUACAGUGCACA